GACAUUACGAACAGACGGCGCACUUUAAAACGUGCGUGGACUACUGACUGGGAUACUGGAAGAGCCUCAGGCUAAAGAAAACCCCCACGAACUUAAUUAAAGCAGAGACCCCUUGGAGGAAUGCAUUUCGCUGGAGACUAACUCUCCGGCAGCGACAGCAGAUAGGGUGAAUACAGCUGAAUACGAAAAAGAAAACGGGGCUGUUUCUGCUGCGACUCGCCUCUCCGCCCCGGCGCGACAGAGAAGUUUUCCGGGCUCAUUCCUCUCACGUGUGGGGAGGCGGGGUGUCGUCCCGGGGGGGGGGUGCGUGACGCAGGCAGCGCGGCAGCCAAUCCGGGCGCCGCACCCGCCGCGCGGCGAGCAGCACUAGAGUCGCUGUUCCUUCAGCACCACGGAGAGUUGCUGCCGGCCUGAGCUCUACUCCGCCAGCACCUGUGCGCCCGGCUGGGGAAGCUUCUUAGUGCGGGAACUUUUCCUUGAACCCAAAAGAGGAUACAUUACCGUCUCUGAGUUCGGGGAGCACCCACCCCAGAGUAAGAACACUCUUGGCAUCUCUUUUUGCUGCCAUGAAACCAUUUCUCUUGCACAAUACGAAUUGAAGUUGUAAGCCGCUGACACUUAUCUCGUAUCUUUUCGCCUGGUGGGUUUUUUUUAUUAUCAUCAUCGCCAACACCGCUUUAACUGUAUAUUAUUAAGUGCUUCAAACGGCCCGUUUCAAUGUUUGAUCUGCUUCAACUCCGCUUGGAUUCUGGAAACACGUAGCAGAGACGCAUCUCCGGGUUUUCCUUGAAAUUUCUUUUUUUAUUUUUACAAAUUUCAAGCUCCUGAACAGUUAUUUGGGUGGUACUGUAUAUAUCUGUUUUAAAACAGAUGUUUUUUUCCUCUGAGACGCCUAUGGUUCAGUGGAUCUGCUGUUAAGAUUUCCUCGCCCUCAGCCUGAACCCCACAGUCGCCGUCCUCCUCGCAGGCAUGCUCGCCUUCCUAGCUGGGAUCCUGUGCUUUGUCGUGCUCGGGGGAGGCCGGGCGACCCGAGCCCAGGACACCACAGGCACCCGCUUUGUCUGCACCUCCAUCCCCGUAGGCGCUGACCCCAGCUGCCCGCUGCCCCCCGCGGCCGUGCACAGCCCCGGCGCCCAGGAGGAAGAGCUGAAGAGCACCGUCAUGCAGCUCCGGGAGACCAUCCUGCAGCAGAAGGAGACCAUCGGCAGCCAGCGGGACACCAUCAAGGAGCUGACGGGCAAGCUGUCCCGCUGCGAGGCGGCCGCCCAGGGCCCCCGGCUGGACAGCCGGCUCGGCGGCCAGGGCGCGUGGAGGAAGGACUUCAACAAGAACACGAUGGGGGACCUCCCGCGGGACCCCGCCGAGACCAUCGACCACCUCGGCAAGACGGUGCAGAGCCUGAAGGACCGGCUGGAGAGCCUGGAGCAGCAGCAGAUGCGAGUCAACGUCUCGGGUGCAUCUUUUCCCAACGAGCUCCGCGACCUGCUCCAGCGGAGGCUCGGAGACUUGGAGAACCAGCUUCUGAGCAAGGUGGCCGAACUGGAGGACGAGAAGUCCCUGCUGUACAACGAGACGGCGGCCCACCGCCAGAGAACAGAGAGCACGCUCAAGUCCCUGAUCGGGAGGAUCGACGAGCUGGAGAAAGGUAACAGCAGGUUCAAGUCCCCAGAGGCCUUCAAGGUGUCCCUGCCUCUGCGCACCAACUACCUGUACGGGCGGAUCAAGAAGAGCCUGCCGGAGCUGUAUGCCUUCACCGUGUGCAUGUGGCUGAAGUCCAGCGCCAGCCCUGGCGUCGGGACGCCCUUCUCCUACGGCGUGCCGGGGCAGGCCAACGAGAUCGUGCUCAUCGAGUGGGGCAACAACCCCAUAGAGCUGCUCAUCAACGACAAGGUGGCUCAGCUCCCUCUGUCAGUCAGCGAUGGCAGGUGGCACCACAUCUGCAUCACCUGGACAACCAGAGACGGGCUGUGGGAAGCCUACCAGGAUGGAGAGAUGCUGGGCUCUGGGGAGAAUCUGGCCCCCUGGCACCCAAUUAAGCCUGGUGGAGUCAUUAUCCUGGGCCAGGAGCAGGACACUGUAGGAGGGAGGUUUGAUGCCACGCAGGCCUUUGUGGGGGAGCUGAGCCAGUUCAACAUGUGGGACCGUGUCCUGCGACCGCUGGACAUCGUCAGCAUGGCCAACUGCUCCUCCUACAUGCCCGGCAACAUCAUCCCCUGGGUCGACAACAUCGUCGAAGUGUUCGGUGGCGCCACCAAGUGGGCACUGGAGAUGUGCGAAGACCGGCUUUUUGAUUCGUAACUGUUGCAGUCUUUGACCAGACACUCCCCUCUCCUUUUCCCCUCCUAAGCAUCGAGAGACAAUCCUCCCGAAGACACCUCAUUUAAGACGAGAACUUGGACCUGGUGUUUGGGUAACUGGGUAGGCCAAGAUCUAGAGUAAGGGUUUCACUGUGUUUAUACAUACCAGCAUACUUUAUCAAAAGCCAGAUGAAUUUGACACAAAAUCAGUCUGAACAUUUACAUGAACUUCAUUCUUUUUUCAUUUUUUUGGUACACUGGCUUUACAUUUGUGAUGGAUUGGAAAAAAUGGUGCCACUGGAGAAUAUAUUUUCAUUUUCAAACGUCUGUUUAAGAGAGAAGUUUUUUGUGUGUUUUUGCUGUUUUUCAGCAGACUGUGUGAAAACAGGAAGGGAAUGGAUUUUGUCUUUAGACACGCAUAGUUUUUUGUACCUACAGGGUUUUAUAUAAUAUUGCACCAUAUAUGAGUUUAAUGUCUGCACAAGCAAAUACAGUAUUCUGUACUCAACCGAGGCAAGACCACAGGACAGGAUUAGAAUUUGUUCUACACUGUGUUGUGCUUUUCUACUCUAAAUCUAGACAUCCAUAUAUUUUCAUAGAACAAAAACAACAAAUGCGUGAAUUUCUAGUGAAAAACAGCAAAAAUGCAGAUGAAAUGGAGUAUAAACGUACCACUGCAGAUAUCCGUCACUGGCCCCUGUUGCAGAAACCUGGUCAAGGUGGCGAGAGGUCAGAGCGCGGUGGUCUUCGGCUUCAGGAGGCCCAGUUAACUCCGCUGCUCCGACUCCGAAGGCCCAGGGCUGCAGAUCCACAUUCAGAACUCGCCCCUCUUCCCCACCCAGUGGGCCAUUUGAGCUGUGCCUCAGUAGUGUUACUGCUGGCUGUUUGUGGCAGGAGACAGUAAACCCUCUGAGAGCUUGCUGCUCAUACCAUUUUGCAUUUUUUUUAAAGUUUCAAAUCCCCUCUCUUGGUGUUGUCCAGUGUUUUUGCAACUCAUGUACUGAUGUUUUGGUGUAUGUUAUCCAUCUUUUAAGAGAGGUUUGGAAUGCCAAAUGUGAACAUUUCUAUCCUUUUAAAUAUUUCUAUCCCGUCUGUACACAUCUGAUACAGUACGAUCCCCAUCCUCUCUCCAUGUGCCGUUCAGAGCUAUCCUGGGUGGUUUAGAAUGGGACGGGCUGAACAGAACGAAUGUCGCAGCUCAGGAAUCCUGGGACAGGACAGGCUGGAUGCCAAGCGAAAUGCCUUACUUGAUGAUUUAAAGAAACUGGGCUCAUAUCCAGGACAGUUGUGCUUUCUUAAGUGGUUAGUUACGCCCCACACGCAUGCAAUUGUUAACAGUGCUGUAGCACAGAAUCAUGAGAUGUUAGGCUUUAACACAUACUGUGUUCAAGAUAUAGUCUGUUUCUGUAACCUCCUUCUCCUGCUACUAAUUUGAACACAUGCAUGAGCACAUUUCUGCAUUAGGACUAUAAAGACAAAGAGGCUCGGUCACUGCCUGAAGGAUUUCUUCAUUCAUGCAGCUACAGAGAUGUAAAGGGUCACUGACUGCAGACCUCCUGCUCUGAGUUUGCGGUGAAGGCUGAGGUGUCUGUUUCAAGACGGUGCAGAUACUCUCCACUGUUGGCAUCAGUAUGCAAGCCACAGGGACCCCAGAACUGCACCUCCACAAGGAAGCACAGGGGGCUCCAGCCUGCAGAGCUCUGCUUAGGGUCCAGGGGGUGACUACACUCCUUUGAGUCAAAAUUAUCUGCAGUUAAUAAAGAAGAAAUCUAUUUUUGUUUUCCUUUUUAGGACACUUAGGUUCUGUGGUUUAAAUCUCCUGAUCUGAUGCCAAAUUAGUUUAACAUACAAACACUGUUAGAAGUCAUAUCUUCUUUGUUAUCUAGUAUGAAGACCUAGUAUCUAGAUCAGCGCUAGACAUCCAGUUUGCAUGGUAGAUCAGGGCGAAUUCUCAAGCCUUUGGCUGCAGUGUCUUAUGAGAAUUCUGGCACAUUCUGUACGUACAUUUUCAAAUCUCAGUCUUUUUACUCUUGCAGAAAAAGCUUUGUUCGGAAAUAAACAGUGGAGUCCAUUUUAUGGCAUAAAACCAUGUUUCUGCACACUGAGUAAAAUAUAAUGGUCUUAAUGUACCUGUGUAAAAACCCCUUCCCCAUCUUGAUAUUUGCACAUUAUUACCUCUUUUUGCAAAUAAAACAAAAAAGGGCAUAUAUAAUUUAUAUAUAUCUAGGAAAAGUACUAGUUUUCCACAAUACCAAAUAAAUAUUAAAAACAUUUUAAAGUGUAACUAUUGAAAAUAUAAUUAGAGUAAUAUAUCACUAUUCAUGAGUUUAGCAAAUAUAUUUACAGAAGCAGCUGUUAGUUAGAACCAGGAAAAUGAUUAUCUUUCCUGUUCAUGUUCUUUGAACCUCUGUUUUGAAAUUUUAUAUGUGUAUUAUUUUUUCAGAAAACAAGCAUCAAAGAGAUGUGGGAAUUUACUGAGCUGUACAGUAUGUGCACAGGCCUGUAAAAGGGUGACAUGAUUUUAAAUAAAGAAUACCAGAGAUAGUUGUGUUUGUUAGACUAAUGGCCUUUUUCAUGAGCACGAAGUGCCAAAUAAGAAGCUCCAGGUAUGUCGGUAAAGUAAACCUUUUCUUCUGCCAAUGAGGGAAAUGAGACGUCUGUGGAGGAAGGACACAGAAAACACAAAACUCAUUCAGCUUUUGUUAAGGUUAUUUUGUUUCUUCACAUGCUGUGUCUGUUGCUCGUUUCUUGACGCUGUAAACCGUGUUCUUGAGACUCAUUGUGCUUGGUUGAGAUGCUUAAGGAUGUUGUUUUACAGGCUCUACAAUUACCUGUGCAAAAUGUCCUCUGAAGUAAAGGCAUAGCUUUUUCUUCUCUACCCAUCCAUUAAAGGCAAGAUUAAAAAAA